GCGUCACUUCCUGCGCGCGAACCGCCUUUAUACGCCCGCCAAAAGCUGGUGGUGGGGAAGGUAGGCGGGCGGGGGUUAUGGAGCACCUACUCUAUGCGUAGUAGGGCAGACCGAACCCGGUUGCACGACUGUGGUCUCAUCCUUCCCUCGAAAGGGACCACAGUUCUCAGGUGACUCCAGGCGGGGGCCACAGGGCUGACUGUGGGGCUGACCCUGCCCCUGACAUUAGGGGACUCUCCUAAUUCUAGAAGCCGUAACCCGCGUGGGAUUACUGGCGCCGCGCUUUGAUCUUCGAGUGCAUUUCCCUCCUGCCUGCCCACCCUCUUCCAUCCACACACCAUCCACGCCCAAUCAAGGCUUGACACAGCCAUCUUGCCCUUCUCAUAGACUGAAGGGGACCAUGGGCGCCACCAGGCUGUAUACACUGGUGCUGGUACUGCAGCCCCAGCGAGUCCUGCUGGGCAUGAAGAAACGAGGCUUUGGGGCCGGCCGGUGGAAUGGCUUCGGGGGCAAGGUGGAAGAAGGAGAGACCGUUGAGGAGGGGGCCAAGAGGGAGCUGCAGGAGGAGAGCGGCCUGACUGCAGGCACGCUACACAAGGUGGGGCAGAUCACCUUCGAGUUCGUGGGCAGCCCCGAGCCGAUGGACGUCCACAUCUUCUGCACCGACCACGUCCAGGGGACACCCACAGAGAGCGACGAAAUGCGCCCACAAUGGUUCCAGCUAGAUCAGAUCCCCUUCAACGACAUGUGGCCUGACGACAGCUACUGGUUCCCGCUCCUGCUCCAGAAGAAGAAGUUCCUCGGACACUUCCGGUUCCAGGGCCAGGACACCAUCGUGGCACACACACUGCGCGAGGUAGACCAGCUCUAG